GAGAAAGGCUUCAGAAUGUUUCGAAACAAUUUGAAAUAUUCGCUAUAAAUUGGAUGGCCGAGUUAUGGUAUUCCAACUGAACAACCAGUUGGCGAGUUUUAAACGAGCAUCUUCAGAAACUUCAACCAAAGUUCAGAAUGGCUGCCCCCGUUUUUGUCCUUGCUGUUUUGAUCAUUUCAUCCAUGGUGAUUAUGGAAGUGCGUUGCUAUCCAAGCAGGAGUAAGAAGACGAUGGAUGCUUUCAACAAAGCAGACAUGCCACCACAACAGCCUAUGCCUAUAUAUAAUCGCGAAAACAUGAAGAACGGAUUGUUUCAAGAUCCAAAUGAAUUAAAGAAUGGAUGGGAAUCAGCAGGAAAACGGCAAAUAAAGACAAGUGGCUUCGGCUUUCCAUUCGGAAAACGGGGAACAACUUUSUGGAAGAAUGGCGGAUUUGGCGACGCUCCUAAACAAGACACUGAUUUCGGCGAUGCGUUUGCGAGUGGUAUCGCGGGUGCAAUUGGCAAUGGUCUUUUAGCUGCAUUCGGUAAACGACAAAACGUUUAAGUCUAAACGUGUAGUUAUGCCGGAAAGACAAGAUUUCAACCUGUUGAGUUUUUAACACUUUAAUAAACUUUAUUGUCUCAAUAAAAUGUGUACAUUCUA